AUGACAGACGUAGAAUCAGUAUUUUCACAUAAGAAUUCAAUCUUUUCCAAUUCUACCUAUUCAACUGAAUCCAGUUUCCAUAUCAAUGAUACAAAACCUUUAAAUUACGACAGAAAAUCCGUUAAAAUAGAUGCCACUAGACCAAAUAAAGUCAAUUCUAUUUCUAGAACUUCAAGUAAUAUACCAAAUUAUAAGAGUUUCAAUAUCAUCAAUUCCGAUAACAAAUAUUUAAAAAUUAAGAUACUUUAUAACAGAGAUUACUUGAUUAUAAAAUUAAGGAAAGAUAAAUUAAACAAUUUACAAGAUUUGGAGAACGUUAUCAAAAUGAAGAUAUCAAGAUAUUCAUCAUUGAUGUUAUAUUUCCAAAAUAAAUCACUUAAACCUAUACCUUUGAAUGAAUUGUUUAAUGACUUGAUUCUAGAUUAUGUUUUGACUAAAGAUAAAAUUUAUAUCAAGGCCAUAUAA